GACCUGAAACCAUAAGCAGCUCCUGACCCACAUCCACACUGGGAGCGCCCUGGGAUACUAUUUGCACCCAUAGGAGGCAAGGGGGUGCCCCACACAGGGUGUCCCCUCCAGAUCUGCCAUAGACAGCUUUGCUGGGCAUCACUGGAACUGGAGGGAAGCAAGCUGAGAGGGGGUAUAGCUGUCUUGUGAGGACGUAUCUGCUCUGAAGGAAGGAGCAGAGCACAAGAGACUGCUCAACAGGUGCUAGAUCCCUGCAGGCAUUGUCCUGUGCCCACCAUGGAGAAAAGAUCCAGCACGACCAUCUAACCAGGCACCCUCAUCCAGAGCCUGGAAGUGCCAGCCAGUGGGAGAAGGAAGCGCUGUUGGUGGAUCUGCUCAACCCUUGGAGGCUCAGCUUGUGUUCGGGAGGUCAUCACUUCAUUGCACAGCACCAGCGGACUUUCUCCCUCUCUGUUGCCCUACUUCCUCCCAGCUUGCCUUUCCAUUCCUAGGUUAGAAGAUGGGGAGACCUGACCCAGAAGAAGGGCAACUCCCAGCUCCUGUGAAGCCUCCGGAUGGUGGCUGGGGCUGGAUUGUGCUCCUUGGCUGCUUUGUGAUCACCGGCUUCUCCUAUGCCUUCCCAAAAGCCGUCAGUGUCUACUUCAAGGAGCUCAUGAAAGACUUCCACGUGGGCUACAGUGACACAGCCUGGAUCUCUUCCAUCAUGCUGGCCAUGCUCUAUGGGACAGGACCAGUAUGCAGCAUCAUGGUGAACCAGUUUGGCUGUCGGCCUGUGAUGCUCAUUGGCGGGCUGCUAGCUUCUGCUGGGAUGAUCCUGGCAUCUUUUACCACCAAUAUCAUUGAGCUUUAUCUGACAGCUGGUGUGCUGACAGGUCUGGGUAUGGCAUUGAACUUCCAGCCCUCACUGAUCAUGCUGGGCACCUACUUUGACAAGCGUCGGCCUCUCGCCAAUGGACUGGCUGCUGCUGGGAGCCCUGUCUUCCUUUCCUCGCUCUCCCCACUGGGGCAAGUGCUGCUGGAGAAGUUUGGGUGGCGAGGAGGGUUCCUUAUCAUGGGGGGCCUUCUGCUUAACUGCUGCACUUGUGGGGCAGUCAUGAGACCCCUGGAUAUGGGCAUGAAAAGAAAGAUGGGGAAAGCUCAGGACAAAUAUGAAGCCAAGGAGAUGCUGCCCAUAGGAGGGAAGUCAGAGGAGGGAAUCAGCACCACUGAUGGAACCAAGAAAGGCAAGAAAGCCAAGAAGAAGCCCAAGAAAGGAAAGAAGCUUCUGGAUUUCAGUAUCUUCUCCAACCGAGGGUUUAUCAUUUACACCAUUUCAAAGUUCAUCCUGGUCUUAGGUCUCUUCGUGCCCCCCAUAUUGCUGGUCAACUAUGCCAAGGACACGGGCGUGCCGGACACAGAGGCCGCGUUCUUGCUCUCCAUCAUUGGUUUCAUAGACAUCUUUGCCCGCCCAGCCUGUGGCAUGGUGGCAGGGCUGAAGUGGGUCCGCCCUCACGUGGCAUAUCUGUUCAGCUUCUCCAUGCUCUUCAAUGGCUUGACAGACAUCUGCAGUGCCAGGGCGAGCAACUACACGGGGCUGGUCAUCUUCUGCGUCUUCUUUGGCAUCUCCUACGGCAUGGUGGGAGCGCUGCAGUUUGAGGUGCUGAUGGCCAUCGUUGGCUCCCAGAAGUUCUCCAGCGCCAUCGGGCUGGUCCUACUUAUCGAGGCUUUCGCCGUGCUCAUCGGCCCACCCUCUGCAGGCCGUCUGGUUGAUGCUCUCAAGAACUAUGAGGUGAUCUUCUACCUGGCGGGCUCAGAGGUCGUGCUCUCUGCUCUCUUCCUGGGUGUCGCCAGCUACUGCUGCCUGAACCGAGGGAAGAAGGAGCCUCCCCCGGAGAACAAUCCCUCUGCAGGAGGUGGGAGCGACACCGAGGAAGCUGAAUCCGAUGUGCAGGAAGCUGAGGAGCACAGCAGCGACAACCACCAGCCAGCCCACAGCACUGACAAUGCCAUGGUGGUGGCCAACGAGGAGGCCAACCACGUGGCAGAGGAGCAGAGAGGGGAGGGAGGUGGCUGUCCUGCAGGGGAUGGGGAGGUGUUGGCACGAGACGGCUGCAACGCUGACCAGAUGGUGGAGAGGGACAGUUUUUAGGCAGGGCAGAGAACAGGGAUGUAAAAAACUGGCCUUGUUUGCAAGCACCUCAGCAUGGGAGGGUAGAUGGGAUGUGGGGAGCAGAAAGCUGGGACAAAGGCAGAUGUAAGAAAUAAGAGGGAGAGGUAUAAGAAUAGCUGGUCCUUAUGUACAUAUGUCCACAACCUACCCAGUGAUAUGUCUACUUGCAUCCUGCACCCAUGCUGGUACAAACAGGCUCACAGCAGCCCAAACACCAAAAAGAAAAAAAAAAUAAUCUUCUUUCCUCACUUUCAAACCAGCCCUGGAGAAAGUCUUCUGAAAAGACUGCCAAGGACUCUCCUUUUCCUUCUGCAUUGUCACAAUACAGAACACAAACAAUUAGAGACUCUUUGUAAUCAGAUCUGGUACGCUCUGUUCUGGUGUCAGUGUUUCCUUCACCCCACUUCCAUGGUCUGGACAGUGUCAGUCUCACUGGCAGCACUUUUAGGAGGUGGUGUAACUGACAUCUACUACCUGGCCACCUCCAGGGGCCACCAGCACGGCUCUCUGCAGUACCUCCCUCGGGCACUGCCAAACCAGGAGGCCACCAGCUCCAACCUCCUCUGCCUGGCACGUCUUUUGUGGACAGUAAAGCUGGAGCAGUGACACCUGAUGCUGCUUCUCCAAGUAGGGAAGUGCUGUGUUAGAGGCUGCUGCUGAGGUACCUGAAGAAGACACCUAAGAAAGGCUAAUGCCAUUAGGUGUGCAGCUACAGUACAGAGCCUCGCUGACAGGAAUAGCACCAAGCCAGCUUUAU